UCAGUGCCGACCACGCCUCCGGCCGCAGACUAUACACUCACAUUGUUGACAAUGUUCCGUGCGGGUGUACUCUUUCUUUUUGCUUGUGCCUAUUGCUAUGAAGAUACGUCUACACCGAAACCAAAACAUGUUCUCGACACGAUUAUGAGCCCCGCUUACAUACCAACAGAAGAAAAACACUCCUCAUACUGGAAGAAUUCUGCGAAAGAACAUUUGAAACUCAAAUUGGCAGAACAUCAUAAUAAGAAUAAAGCUAAAAAUGCUAUACUGUUCAUUGGUGAUGGUAUGUCUUUGGCGACUGUGAUGGCGGCAAGGACGUAUGCUGGACAGCUGGAACGAGGUUUAGGAGAAGAGAAUGUUUUGGAGUUCGAAAAGUUUCCUAUUAGUGGAUUGGCAAGGACCUACUGCCUUGACGCUCAAGUGCCGGACUCAGCGUGCACUGCUACGUCGUAUCUCAGUGGUGUGAAGACGAAAUACGGCGUUAUUGGUCUCGAUGGGAACGUGACCAGAGGCUCUUGUACCUCGCAGUUGCAUAAAGCAAAUUGGGCUCCUUCCAUCGGUCAGUGGGCGUUAGACCGUGGAUUUGAUGUUGGUCUAGUGACAACAACACGAGUGACCCAUGCGUCACCAGCAGGUAUGUACGCCCAUACCUCCGAGAGGAACUGGGAAUCGGACGCCGACGUACCUGAGGAAUGCUUGUCCAUGGGUUGCCACGACAUUGCCUACCAGCUUAUCGCAAAUGAUCCUGGAAGACAAUUUAAGGUAAUUAUGGGAGGUGGUAGACGAGAGUUUCUGCCUAACACGACGACACCAGACAACAUCGGUAAGAGACUGGACAACACCGAUUUGCUUGACUUGUGGCAUGAAGACAAAGUCGGGAAGAAAGCCACUCACCAGUACGUUACUGAUAGGAAUGAGCUGAUGAAGGUAUUUAACUCAGACGAGUUGCCAGAGUACCUCCUCGGCCUUUUUAAUAAUGACCAUAUGGCGUAUCACUUGAAAGCUGAAAACGAGCCUACUUUGGAAGAAAUGGUAGAGGUCGCCAUUAAGAUGCUCAGUCGGAGUUCUAAUGGAUACUUUUUGUUCGUUGAAGGUGGCAGAAUUGAUCACGCGCACCACGAUAGCUACGCGUAUUUAGCUUUAGACGAGACAGUUGAAUACUCCAAAGCAGUUAAAAAAGCCCAAUUAUUGACUAACCAAGAAGAUACCUUGAUUGUGGUGACAGCUGAUCACGCUCACACGAUGACAGUAGCUGGAUAUCCUUCAAGGGGCAACGACAUACUGGGUAUAGUAGAUACUACAACAGGAAUGGAUGGAAUCCCCUACACAACCAUUAGCUAUGCGAAUGGAAAGGCUCUGUCUAUCAGUCCUGAAGGAAAAAGAGUCGAUGUCACGUUGAAUCAGCAGUUCACAUCUCGAGCUCACGAUUAUUCCUAUCCCAGUUUAGUUCCUCUGGACUCAGAAACGCACGGCGGAGAAGACGUUGCAGUCUACUCCUCGGGACCCUGGUCUCAUCUGUUCACGUCGAGCUUUGAACAAAGUGCCAUCCCCCAUUUCAUGGCCUACGCCAUGUGUCUUGGUGAUGACCACCAUUUCAACUGUAGAGUGAGGAACCAUCACAACGGUUUCUGGAGCUCCAAUGCGGUCUAUCAUCGACCACAAAUCUUCAGUAUAGUCUUAAUGAGCAUAUCAGCUGUGAUAGUUAGUAUUCGAUUGUUUUAAUUGUUGUUAUUUCUAAACUAGUUUACGCGUCAAGAAUUUUUUUGAGACCUUGUUAUGUAUCAAAAAUGAAGAGGUCUCAUCCCACCUUGAACCUCUGCAACUGCGUAAGAUAUUGCAUCGCUUGGUUUUAUCCUUUUAUCGAAUAUACCGUGGUGAGUGCUCUGAAGAAUUAUUCAACCUUAUCACUUUUCUGUUACAUGAAAAAACCAAAUGGUCGGGUAAGGGGUCAGGUUUUUGUUUUGUGUGUGGAACAAGUCGUGGGCCUGAUGGUAAGCGACACGCAAGUCCAAAACAGAGCAGUGCAGCUCUUGAGACAAAAGUUCAGAAGUCCCAUUUGUCUGUAAUUUCACCACCACCCUUAUCAUUCAAAACUGGGCCGCAGUAAUGUUCAUAUUACGGCUUGUCGGCAGAAAUAGGUAAGUCGUGGCAGUGCUUCCCUGGAGGAAAUCUUUCACAAAAACCUCUACUGUUACUAAAAAUAUACUAUCUUAGGGUAUCGACUAUACAGGCUACGUGUACGAUAUUUAUUUCUUUUAAAUUUUAAUGGUCUCAAAUAAAAAUUCAUAACGCGUAAUACUAAACAUUAGAUAGAGAUUACUUGGACAGGCUUUAAAAUGCCUGAAGAUUGCCGUCCGGACAUUUCUGUGAAAUGAAUAUAGUUUAAUUGGAUUUUACGAAUAAUAAUAGAUAAAACUUAAUCAUUAUCAUUAUCAAAUAAAAUAUUAUUAGAAAUCAACCACACAGUCAUAUCUAAGUUAGUUCCAUAGAUUAACAAAGUUGAUCAAAAAUAAGUUGCACCCGUAGUGGAAUAAGACCGAAGUUUAAUAAAGCCUCAAGUAAUCAUACGUCAAAAGUGCUUUUAUCACAUGAAAGUCGUGAAAACAAUGCGUGCUACAUGAAAGAAACCAAUACCUACAACAUUACGUCAACUUAAGUUUUUGGUCAUUUUCUGUUAUUUUUGUAAACAGCCACAUUCUUUUUUAUAUUUAAAGGGUACGAAAUCAAUGAGUGAUGCCUUUAUCUACUUAUACCCGGCGCCCACUGAGGGGUUGGCAAAGUAAGGACUUUUUAGGUGACGAAUAGGUAUUUCUUAAUGUUAUGACGUUAUAGUUGAAAUUUCAAUUAUACGAUCAUUAUAAUUGAAAUUUCAAACCACCAGAGAACAAUAAAUGCGGUAGAAGUGCUUAGUUUGCAUGGUAUGCAUGCCAACAGUACACGAAGUUGCACAUACGUGUUGUAGCGUUGCAAUAAAGGUUUUCUACUCUAUUCUAUUUACCAUGUAAGUAUUCGUUAAAAAUAUUUCUGAUCAUUUAUGUCAAGUUAUCUAAGUUGUAUAAAUUAAAGUUCAUAGGAAAUUCAUUCUAUUUCAGUUUAUUUUACCGGUAAUUCUUUUUUAAUUACUUUACCUCUACUACGAGACGAUGGCGUAAAAAAAUAAAAUUCUGUAAAAUAUUACUUUUUCUUGUAACCACUAGAGGGCGCUGCACAAUUUGCCAUACAAAAUUCUCAAAUACUUUACGCGAUUGCUAGUGACAACUGUUACAGUAAGUUCAUAGUAGAAGCACUUCAUAAGUUUUACGUUUAUUUUUGUAAUUUUGAAGAGAAACUCUAAAUGGGCUUCGAACUCUAAUGAAAAUCGAAUCAGGAGCGAAGAUAUCCGCAACAGAACCAGGGUUACCGGUACAACCCAAAGAAUUGCUAAAUUGAAAUGGCCGUGAGCAAGUCGCAUUAAUUACUCAAAGAACGAUAACCGGAGUGACCAAAGAGUUUUCGACUCGACCUGUCGGGUUACUCACAAGGUGAACCGAUGAACCGGUCAAGGUUGCGGGUAUUGAUAUGCAAGUGAAACUUGCAGAGCAAGUUCGUUUUUGCAGAGCAACUUGCAGAGUCAGUUUCACUCGUUGUGAUGAUCUUUACGGGAAGCCUAAAUCCAGAAGUCGACAACUUUUAGCUGAAAUGACGAUGAUGAAACUCCAGACGAUCAGAGAUUGCUCAUUGUUGCUGUAUCAACGAAAAUCUAAGCUAUAGAGUUAUAUACCCAAUAGAAACCUAAUAUAGAAACCUUCGAAUCCAAGUACGUGCCAGACGAAACUCAAUAAUAUACAGGGUGUAAUAGUUAAGCUGCCCUAGGCGUUUAUUGCGUAAAUAUAAGAGAUAUCAAAAACCUUUAAUAUCAAAAAUUAAGUUACGUAAUAAGUAAAACGAUGAAGAAGUUUUUAGAAAUAAAACUAAAUAUAUAAAGCGCGAGACGAGCCCACGCGGUGUUUCACGCUUAAACGCUUGUAUGGGAUACAUAUAAUAUGACAUUAGCGAGGCUCUGGUUUCCCUACUAUAAGAGGUAACAAUAAGUUUACAGAUUACGACACUGCUCUAAAUAAGGUAAUGAAACUAUAUUUCAAUUAAAUAAAAACAAAGUGAUGUUUAUUACUUUCAAUAUCAGUUUAAAGCAUAUUGAUACCUCUUAUAUCUACGGAAUAAUCGCCUUAACGAUUAUAUCCUGAAUGUUCCAAUCGAUACAAGAAUAUGUUGCAAUCUACGUAAUCUCUUUUAAUCAAAAGUAUUCCCAGAUUUCAACCGAAAAAAUUUAAGAAGUUUGUUAUUUUGUUCAACGAAAGACUUAAAAUUUAUAUGAUGAAAUUACUAUGUAAUUUUUUUUAGUACACAUUCUGUACUCACUGACGCAAUGCGACGACGUCUGUGGUCAAGUGGCUUGCACACCGGUUUUCAUGGUGUCGUUGUCUCUGAGGUCCUGGAUUCGAUUCCCGGCUGGGCCAAUGUAGAAAAACUGGGAGAAUGAGCAUGUGGUACGAAUUUUAUUUUCUGUACCUUAUUAACUUAUGCCAUGUAUAUUUGUAUAAAAUAAAAGCACUGUGACAAUUAUGUCAAAUAUGUAAUAGUUACUUAAGGCCGCAUUUUAUUACAAGCGGCAUAAAGGGAAUUUAAAUCUUAGUAUUUUAUAGUCUACAGUAUCAAGCGUAACGACCUCUUGACCCUGUACCACUGAAUAAUGUUGUUUUUUCCUAUAAUAAUGUAAGUAUUUAUUUGUCAAUAUUAUUUUUGAAACUAAUUAAUUAUACAAUAAAAUAUAUUUUAAGACCAAUGCAAUUAAUUCAGUGGCUGUUAUCAUUAAUUUAUUACGAAUGUUGUUCCUUUUGAGCGAAUUUUAAGACUAUUUAUGCAUAGUAAAUAAAUUAUUAAAUAAAAUUCUAUUAAAUUAUUUUAAUUUAACCAAAA